AUGUCGGACUAUAUGGGUUCCAAUCCAAUAGCGGCCCCUUCAGGAGGUCACGAAGUGCACUAUGAUUUCGACCAAGGCGAAUCGAAAGUGAUGGAAACCGAGGAUGCGGUUGUUGCCGUCGGAGAAGAAGAGGUGGAUCAUGCCGUGGCAGUCAAAUUCAACGACGACGAAGAAGAACCGGAACCAAGAGGACAAGAAGAUUCCAACAACAACAACAAGAAGAAAAAAGCCAAUGGUCGCAAAAAGCGUCGUCGAGAUCACUUGCGCAGUUUGAUCAUUGAGAACAAGGCCAUGCAAAAGUACACUUCCUACAAAGUCCUGCAAAUGAGCACCAAUGGAUCCGUCAAUACGCAAGACACGGCGGUCAAUGAAAUGAUAAAAACGGAAAAUGACGCCAAACAAACCGUCGACGAUCGUGUCAAGUUCAUUACGCAAAAACUAGUCUCGCAGGUCAAGUACACAUUUCCCAUUGAAGUGCGAAUCUCCAAUUUGACAUUUACGGCAGAAAUGGAUCCAUCCGCACAGAAAAUCAAGACGGUCUACAAUUCCUCUCCCGUCUACAAAAUGACUCAUUGGUUCCGAUCCAUCACCAAGGGAGAACCUUCGAAACCGCAAAAAGUCACCCGAACCAUUCUAGACAAUAUCAAUCUGGUGUUGCACCCGGGAAAAAUGUAUCUUCUCCUAGGAAGUCCUGGAUCCGGUAAAUCCUCCUUGCUCAAAGCCAUUGCCGGACGAUUGGUGGACAAUGGCAAAACACUCCAGCUGAAAGGACACAUUGCCUACAAUGGAAAAACCAUGCACGACAAGACACAGUUCCAUAUCGAAAAUGCCUGUGCGUAUAUUGAUCAACUCGAUCGACAUGCGGCACGAUUGUCGGUCGAAGAAACCUUCGAAUUUGCGUAUCAAUGCAAAACCGGAGGCGUUCCACCCCCCGAAUCCUUGGAACGAUCCAUUGAAAAAAAUAACGGAAAAGACUCGGAACAUGGCAAUAACAACAGCAAAGACAACAACAAUAACAACAUUCCAAAACCCAACUUGAAACGAGGACUCUCUCAACACAGUGCCGAUUCUGUCCUCGGCGAUCUAAGGUCGGAACAAUUGACCGGUCUGCCCAACUAUGCCGGUCCGCCCAUUAGUCGCGUCACGUUGGGAUUGGAAAUGUUGGGAUUGACAUCUGUGAAAGACACGUUUGUCGGAGACGAAAAUGUCCGUGGAGUCAGCGGUGGACAACGACGCCGUGUCACGGUCGGAGAAAUGAUCAUGGAUCGAACUCCGCUCUUGUGUGGAGAUGAAAUUAGUACAGGAUUGGAUGCCGCAUCGACAUAUGAUAUGGUCGACCUCAUGACGUAUUACGGUCGACUGCAAAAGUCGUGUCGGGUCAUUGCCCUGCUACAACCAUCACCCGAAACGGUCAGUCUCUUUGAUGAAGUACUGGUGUUGGCCGAAGGAAAACUGCUGUAUGCCGGACCUAUUGAAACCGUUCAAGAGUACUUUGAAAAUCUAGGAUAUCAUCCACCCGAUCAAAUGGAUGUGGCCGACUUUUUGCAAAUCUUGUCCACGCCCGAUGCGGGGGCGUUGUGGACGGCACCGGAAGGGAUCCAACAAGCACAAGCAUACACGGUAGACGAACUGGCGGAUCUCUUUCAAAAGUCCAGUCAUAAUCAACAAAUCUUGGACGACCUCCAAGCACCGCAAGAACAUACCUGGGAUAUCACGGAUAAAGAUGGAAAUCAAGCCGAAACGGCCUUUUUGGCAUACUGGCCCGGAGUGCGCAACAAAUACGCCAACACGUUUCCUCGUUCUGUAUGGCUCAACAUUAAACGCAGUUUGGUGCUAUGGAUUCGAGAUCGUCGGGUCUUGAUUGCCAACUUUUGCAAGAAUGCCAUUAUGGGUAUUUCCGUGGGUGGUGUUUUUUGGCAAACGCAAGAUGUCGUGUCCAUCUUGGGUGUUCUCUUUCAGAGUAUGCUGUUCAUCAUGCUGGGAGCUUCCACGGCGGCACCGGCGUUGGUCGAUGAUCGAGUCAUUUUCAAAAAACACUACGAAGCCAACUUUUUCUCGGCAUAUCCAUUUGUUAUUGGAAGAACCAUUUCACAAAUGCCACAAACGCUCAUGGAUAUCAUCACGUUUGGAUCCAUUUUGUAUUUCAUGGUUGGAUUGCAUCUGAGCUUUGAAAACUAUGCCAUUUUCAUUUGCAUCCUGUUCAGCUUUGCAAUAGUCAUCAAUCAACUCAUGGCUGUAUUUGCAGCGGGAGCGUCUUCCAAAGCUACGGUGCAGGUGGUUUCGGCCAUUAUUCUGCUCUUUUGCAUCCUGUUUGGAGGUUUUAUUGUACCACCCAUUGUGAUACCCAAAUACUAUGUUUGGAUCUAUUGGUGGAAUCCAUUUGCGUGGGCGUAUCGGGCACUCCUCGUGUUGGAAUUUCGCACAUCUGACUGGGAUGACGCGGAUAAGAUCCUCACUUCGGUUGGGUUCGUCUAUGGGCCGGAUGAGACACCUUUCGGAAGAGAAUGGGUAGGCUAUGGAUUUGCCUACAUGCUUGCGACGUUUGUGUUCUACCUGAUCUUGACAGCCAUUUGUCUGGGUUACGCCGCCACGAACAGCGGCGGAGGAGGACGGCCUGAUUCACCGGAAGACAUGGAAGGAGACGAGGACGAGGAGGAUGAACAGGUGGAUAUCCCGUUUGUGCCACUCACAAUGUCGUUUGAGGAUAUUUGCUACGACGUGAACGCAUCCACGGGCAAGGAUCUUCUCCGUCUGUUGACCGACGUGAAUGGAGUAUUGCCAUGUGGUAGGAUGUGUGCACUAAUGGGUUCGAGCGGGGCAGGUAAAACCACGCUCAUGGAUGUCAUUGCCAUGAGGAAGAACACGGGAAUUGUAUCUGGCAAUGUUUACUUGAAUGGGUUUCCACAGGAACUGUUAUCGUUCCGCCGAGCCUCGGGCUACGUUGAGCAAUUCGAUGUGCAAUCUCCGGAGUUGACUGUUAAGGAGACUAUCCUUUACUCGGCGAGGUUACGUUUAGACCCAGAAAAGGUGAAAGACGACAGUUCGAAGGUUGCUUUCGUGAACCAACUAUUGAAGAUCCUGGAGUUGUGGUCUUUCAGAGACUCGCUGGUGGGUACUUCUGAGGAAGGUGGGUUGAGUUUUGAGCAAAAGAAGCGAUUAUCGAUAGCUGUCGAGUUGGCGGCAUCACCAUCCAUAAUAUUCCUCGACGAGCCUACGUCGGGGCUGGACGCUAGAAGCGCGGCGUUGGUGGUAAAGCUGCUGAGAAAGAUUGCGUCGCAAGGGCGCACGAUUUGUGCGACGAUCCACCAGCCCUCUUCAGCUGUCUUUGAAAUGUUUGAUGACUUACUUCUGUUGAAAAAGGGAGGCAAAGUAGUUUACUUUGGAGAGCUAGGCGACGAAAGCAAAAGUCUCAUCAAAUACUUUGAGGACCGCGGCGCUCGUCCCAUUGAUAUCGGAGAAAACCCUGCCAACUGGGUUUUGACUGUGAUGUCAUCAGGGGAUCGGGAAUUCGACGUUGAAUACCUUGAGUCGAAGCAGUAUCAAGACACGAAAGAAAUGUUGUCAUCUCUUCGAGUGGAUCCUGAUCCUGAAAAGAUGAUUCAAUACGAGGAAGAAUAUGCCACUUCCGCCGGCACGCGAAGUCGAUUGACCAACAACAGGCUCACAACAAUCUACUGGCGUUCUCCCAACUACAAUCUGUCAAGAAUAUUGGUGUCUGCAGUGAUCGCGGUGAUCAUGAGCUCUGUCCUAGUCAGGGAUCGCAAUAAAGACGUGUUUUCUGAGACCAACAUGCGGGCACAAUUUGCUGUCAUCUUCCUGUCAUUCAUCAUUGUUGGAAUCAUGUCCAUUUUCUCCGUUCUCCCAGUUAUGCUGAGCAUUCGUGACAUGUUCUACCGACACCGCGCUUCUGGAAUGAUUGGCUCUGGUUCUCUGGGAUGGGCUCUGGGAACUGCUGAGAAAUGGUUCAUCAUUGCAUCCUCAAUAAUGUUUGUCCUCAUUUUUCUCAGUGUCUCAUACGACGGAAACCAGGACCUAAGAGGACGAAUCGAGUUUUGGGGUUUCUUCACCUUCAACCUGGCUCUUUACUCUUAUUUUGGGCAAGCGUUCGUGUGCUUUUUCAAGCCCAUGGCUACGGCUCAAAUUCUCUCCAGCGUGUUUAUCGGACUGAACAACUUCUUCUCCGGCCUCAUUGUUCGACCUCAAUUCAUGACAGGACUUUUCGAGAUUACCUACUGGAUCACACCCGGUCACUACGUGUACGAAGGAAUGAUCACAUCUCUGUACGAUGGCGACACACGAACGGUCAUUGCCGAAGCUGGCAGCGAGUUCUACUUUGAUAUUGACUGCCCCUCAAAAAACCUCACAGUAGGGGAGGAUUGCACCGGCACGGUCGACGAGUACAUGAGUAGUUUCUUUGGGGGGAAGUUCCAAAAGGACCAUGGUGCCAGAAACCUGAUCAUCUUGGGCUGUAUCCUCGUCAUGGCACGUGUUAUGACCUUUAUGGCACUGCAUUACAUCAACUUUUCCGCAACUUGA